CGCUGUCUCCAGAGUCCAGACUCCACAUUGUAGGUAUGGCCGCUGUUCAAGUUCCUCAAAACAUCUUCAGACACCAUCGUCCUGACUAUGAAGGCCCAAACAAGGGGGAAGCGAGUAGCCUUUUGAACGACCGUGAACAAGAUUUCCAUCGCCCUUCGGCUAUUGCCAAUAGCACGACUCAUCAUACGCGUCGUACUGUCACCUCACCAACCACAUGCCGUGCAAGAUCACUAUCAUUAUCUGACACUGGUCCCUAUGACUCAUCCGAUGAAGACAUAAAUGCACCUGUAAUUCCUCCCAUAGUCCGGAGUCUGUCUCGUUAUGUGCAUUCUGCGAAAGCACAACCCAAGCCCUACGAGAGGCAUGGCCCCAGCACAUUACAGCGCUGCUACGCUGCAAGCCAACUUUCCCCCUUUGAUUCUAGAACUUUACUGGACAUUCAGCCUGAGAAGGGUAAAGUUUUACUCGAAGGUCGAUUGCAACACCUGUCUUCAAAAGCAAUUGCGCAAGCCGUCGUCAUGAAACAAGCUGAUGUGCAAUGGAGGCGCAUGCGUGCUCUGACAACAGCUUGGGAAAUCCAAGCGAUCACAGAACACAAAAUAUUUCUUCAGAUGGUUCUUCAAGACGAUGGUAGCACACAUGCCAGUGCUGCAUCAGAACCUGACUUCACGAAUUUGGAUACUCAGAAUAUCAAUGCAGCAGCGGGUGUGAAUCCGAGUCCAUAAACACUAGCAGAAUGUCGCAAGAUUCCGUCAAGUCCGGUAAAACACCUGAUGUAAUUAUCGUAUCGAUCCCCGUUACUUAUAAUACUGAUCUUGCAUAACAGGCUGAGCAGUAAAGCACAGGUUGUACCAUAUUAUGAUGCCUUCUGAUCGUCAAUAUACUUUUCAUUGGACGUUUUCCUCGUGGAUCUGCUUUUAAGUCGAUCAUUAUUCCUGCGUUGGCAUCGAGUCGAUCUCAGUCAGGCAGGUACGGUAUGCUCGAAUCAAGAGUUGUACAAUUGAAGGAUCGUGAUAAAACCAUAAUCAGUUAAAACUAGUAAACGAAUAAUAGAAACUGAUACGGCCUCAAACCUAUACUGAACGAAGCUCUGCUAUAUAUGUAAAACACUUCCAAAACUCAGCGGGAAGUUUUCACGGAACACU